AUGGACCACUACCCCGAAGUCAGCGUCAACGAACGCGAAACCCCCUCCUCGAUGCUCUCCUCGCGCCACGACUCCGCCUCCUCCAUCGCCAAAGCCGCCGCCGCAGGUCAAAGACCCUCUGGAGCCUCCACUACAGACGACUCCGCAGCGCGCAACUCCUCAUACACGUCCUUCCCCAGUCCAUCAACACACUCGCACUCGUCAAACCACUCCUCAACCCACCGCAGCGACUCGAGCUCGUCGUCCAACUCGAACCUCCAGCGCAUCGAAGCGGAGUACGCGCGGUAUACAGAUGCGCCGCCGCCGUACAGCGAGAAGGCGUAUGAGGGCAAGAGCGACGACGAGAGGAAUAACAUGCGCAUGACGGAUUAUGCGAAGGAGAUUUCUAGGAUGAUGGGACGGCAGUUGGUUAGGGGGUUGAAGAUUGAUGAGAGGGAGAAGGGGAGGAAGGGGGAUAAUAAGGCGAAGUGA